CACUGAACCUUAUGGGUAAAUUUAACUUGACUCAUGACCAAUUUGAGUCAUGACCAGAGUCCUGGAAUGGAUUAAGUUCAUGAACCAAGGUACCAGUGUACUAUAGUUCACCAAAUCCCUGCUUUUUUGUUAAUUACCUAUCUGCUUUUACUUUUCCCACAUACUUGUAAAUCAUAUUUAAAUGCUUAGCUUUAAUUUCAGAUGCCUGGCCCUCAAAACUGAUAUUAGGCAAGAGACAGAGGUUAUCAUGGGUUUGUCUGCAUCCUCCCCAUCGAUUGCACUUCCGGCAAGUGUUUCAGAAAAGCCUCAGACUGCACCUUCAGAAUGUCCCAUGCACCAGAAGAACAUGGAAGGUAAUUGCUAACUCAGCUAAAAACACUGGGGAAGUAGUUCUAUUUUUUAGCUUGGUUAACAAGUUUAACAAUAAGAACAGAAUUCUGCAUUUUUGACAUGACAAGUAUGCUGCCACCCUGUGGUGAAAAGCCCCAGCCUUUGAGCUGCACAGUUUGGUGGGGACAGUUGCCACCUAUCCUAUAAUUCUUUAGCCUUCUAGUUUUAGAUUUUUUUUAAACGAGAAAUGCUUUGUUGAAAUGCAAAUUUGACUUGGAGAUUUGAUACUGGAAUGCUUUUGCUGUAUUAUACUGCUGUCCAGACUAUUCUAGUAGCUAUGCCAGCUAUGUUUACACCUGGAAACAGUAGGAGUUACUAGUGUUUCAUGUUACGUAACUUUGCUCCUUUUCAAAAUCUUGGUUGAUCUCUCAUUUAAUUUGUUUGGGUUUGAAUUCUUUAUAAUCUUCUUUAAUUUUAUAAUCUUAUAUCUGGAGUGUUGUGUUCUAUUUCGAGUUCAAGCAGAUUUGGAAAAGGAUGUACCCUUUACAGGUUUGUGUGUUGAAGUCUAAUUCAUAAUAAAUACAAUUCCGUUGUGAGUUACAGCACACUAGUGCAGAGGGAGGUUAAUGGACUUAAAUGCAAAUAAGGUUUUUCCUCAUUUGUUUACAGUUUGUGCAGUUGUUCGUAAUUUAGAUGAGCUACCAUAGAAAGUGGCAGAAAGUACACACUGCACUUUUAUGUGUUACCCUGAAAAAUCUCUUUCCAAUCAUGGUAUUUCACGCUGUGCAAAUAGCAGCAGAAGUAAAGUUUGAGCUAAGGAUGUAUGGUAAAAAGAUAAGAACCUGUUCACUUGCCUUUAAAUUACAGUUUUGCUGUUCAGUAUCAUGCUUUGUUUCAGGCUGCCCAGUGCACAUGAAAUCAGGUUCCAGUCCUGAUGAGAACCAGAACUUUGCUGUCCCUGCACAUCAAGAAAGAGCAUAUGAAUAUGUGGAGUGCCCUGUUAAGUCUAAUGUUCAUGAGAAGAUUGAUCCAAGCAAUAUGAUGCCACCUCCUAAUCAAGUACCAUCUCCUGAUCAGCCAUUCCCAUUGUCUACAGUGAGAGAAGAGUCUUCUAUUCCUAGAGCUGCUUCUGAAAAGAAAUGGGUUUAUCCUUCAGAACAGAUGUUCUGGAACGCAAUGCUUAGAAAAGGAUGGCGAUGGAAAGAUGAUGACUUAAAACCUGAAGAUAUGUCUAAUAUAAUCAAGCUUCAUAAUCAGAAUAAUGAGCAGGCUUGGAAAGAAAUUUUGAAAUGGGAAGCACUUCAUGCUAGAGAAUGCCCAUGUGGACCAGCCCUUAUUCGGUUUGGAGGUAAAGCUAAGGAGUACUCACCAAGAGCCCGAAUACGAUCCUGGAUGGGCUAUGAACUACCUUUUGAUAGACAUGAUUGGGUUGUUGACCGCUGUGGAACAGAAGUUCGAUAUGUCAUUGAUUAUUAUGAUGGAGGAGAAGUAGAUAAGAACUAUCAGUUUACCAUUUUGGAUGUUCGUCCUGCUUUUGAUUCCUUUUCUGCUGUGUGGGAUAGGAUGAAGGUGGCUUGGUGGCGCUGGACUUCAUAAAUAUAUUUGAAAGAAUGGUCAAUUGGUGUUGCACUGACUUUGGACUUUAAUAAAGUUUAUAGUGACAGCACUUCUAUUUAAUUGUAUUAUAUUUGCCAGUGGGGAAAAUUGCUUUUCUUUAAUCAGGACUUUAAUUGAAGAAUAUGGUGUGUGUGUGUUUUCUACCAAAAUUGGAAAAUAUCAUGGGAAUGUUAUGCUUGGUAAGGAGUAUAGAAGGCAUAAGGAAUUCCUUAGUCAUUCCUUAUGACUAAGGAAUUAGUUAUAACUGCUAUGGAAUGAGAAUAGCUGUUAUUUGAUAUCAUAUAUACCAGAAAAGUAACUGCCAUUAAGGUAGAGCCUCUAUGCUAUAUUACAGUAACAUAUUUGAAAGGGAAGAGUUUAUCUGUUUUGGAAUGAUAUGUAUUGUUGUCAAUGCUAGGAAAGAAAACUGACAUUUAAAAUGUAAAAAAUCAUGUAAAAGUCAUGUAAAAAAUCUAUAUUAUUAAAUGCUAUUUGAGUCACUCUAUAUUGAAGCCUCCAGCCUCCACAUAUUUAGUCUAUGUUGAGCAUUCAAUCUUAUCAAACAGCUACAGGCUACAUAUAAAUUUAGGUGUUGUGUAAUUGAACCACUUUAACAACUUUAAGAAAUUAUCUGAAUAUAGUUUCACAUCCUUCUUUUCCCCUUACAAGAUAGUAAAGGUAAAGUGGCAGUUGGAUAAUUAAAGCACAAACCUUUGUGAGUUUAAACAGUGAAAGGGCCUACAAUGCCCAGGAUAUCCCAGCUGGGGCAUGCUGGGAGUUAAAGGCCUUUUCUUCUGUCUAAACUUGCAUAUGAUUGUGCCUUUAAUUUCCCAUUGAGUUUUCGCUAAUGCCUGUUAAUUUUUUAAAAAUGCACUCUUUAGCCUACUAAAAGCAAAAAGUGACUAUAGUAAAUUCAUGCAUUUUUACUAUAGCUGAUAUGGUAUAAUUUGGGGGUUUUGACAUGCUGACAGGUACUAAGAAAAACCGUUUGUCCUCUAAAUUCAUGAUUAAGAGAUUCCUGUAAAAAUGGUAAUAUUUUUAGAACACAGAAGAGUUCUGAAAUGGCUUGUGUUGCUUGCUUUUUAAAGAAGAAAUAGAUUUGAAUAUAUAUCAUUAGUAAGCCUACUUAUCUUCUUUUCAACUGGAUUUUCAUGGAAGCUGCCUGAAAAUUUUUUUUAGAGAUUUUGUUCCUUGUCUUUUCAAGGUGAUCAAACAGAAAAUGUUUAUUUUUCAGUGGUGAUAAACUUGCCACUCUAAAUUAAACUCAUAUGUGAAUCAGUCUUUCAGUUUCUGCUCAUGUGGAUCAGCAACUAUUACCUGGUGUACAAAUGAGUGGUAAAGUGCACCUGCUUUCUGUUUUGCCUGCCUAUUUAUACUGCUUCAGAAAUGGCACUACUCCAAGCACCUGAACAGCUGUAUAGGUAGUUGGCAUCUACCUGUGCUGCUGUGUGCAUCACUCCCCACCCUCACUGGGCGUUAAAAGGAUAUUAUGCACAAGAGCAGCAAACAAGGUGAGUGAAGAAGGCAGUGAUGAGUCUCUUCUUGAAUAAUUUUUAUAAAGCUAUUAUGAAUGGACCAUCCUCUCUUCAUAUAUCCCAGCCUUUGGGAUAUUUUCAGCACAGGCACACAAACAUAACACAGAAGGGAGGCCUAAUAACAUUUGAAAAGAAGAUUUGGGAAGAGCAAGCAUAAAAUUAUACUCCUGCUGGUGAAGAAACCAAUAAUUAGGAGAUAAAAUAAUGUUUUUGCUUAAUGGCUCUGUCUAUUCAAUAUUAUUCACAAUUGAUUGUCAAAUUUAAAAUGUUGAACUUGAUUUUUUUUUUUUUGGAAUUCACAGAGGGUAGGUAUAAACCAUCUAGUAUUUUGAAAUCUAAAUUCUACCACUUUAUAUGAAAAUUUUAUCUAUGUGACUAAUUUACACAUGCUGUAUGAGUUGCUAUUAUUCUAGAGUAUGUAUCUGUUGUAUAUAGAAGGCUUCAGUCAUGUGUUGGCAGUGCUUCUGCUUUAAUAAACUCUUAUUUUUACCUCA